CGGUCUUAAAAAAUCUUAGCAUUGAAAAGUGGACAAAUGUGGCGGAUGUAGCCACACUUGUGAUUGUGAUGUGUAUCAGAGACCCCAAAAACCUUGAACAUUGCAGCAGCAAUUAGGCCUUGAUUUUAAAAUUUUGGCCCUUGCUAAGAUCAUCCGUUUAGAAUGUCAUGCAUUCAGUAGAUGAGGCCGAAACUCAAGCACAGCCUACAGAAGAGAAUAUCAGAACAAACUUGGGGGUUAUCUUCUGUUCCAUUCUUAUGGGAAUGAAACUAAGUUCAAUGGAGAAUAAAGCUUGUGAAUCUUCUAAUCCUGGGAAUCUUUUAGGUGAGACUGAUCUGGUGAAUUUUGAUACAACAGCUUUGAUAGCUCUUGUAUCAGGAAUUAGUAAUGGUGGAACAGAGAAACUUUUGGCCACUCCAGAGAGUGGAAUGAGGCAGCGGUUUAAGGGAAACUACGAUGUUGUGAUUGGUCAAAUAACGUCUGAAAUUCAAAACCCAAUCCAUAUGGAAUUUGAUAGGAUCCUACGUGGGAAGACUGGCCUAAUUUGUGAGAGUGUUCUUAUGGAAUUUAAGGAGUUAGUAUCAAUGUGUGGAGGGCCCAAUGAGAAACUGAGAGCUGACAGGUUAAUAAAUUGCCUCAGGUGAG